AUGAGCUCUUCUGAACCCGUCAGUGCACAGCAGCAACUCGACCCUCCCGCAAAGCGAGUCAAGACCUCUGCCGACGCCCCCGUCCCCGCCGCCAUGGAGCCCUGCCCGCCUCUCCAGGUCAAGAAGCUGUCGGACAAGGCUCGCCUGCCCACGCGCGGCAGCCUCUACGCCGCCGGCUACGACCUCUACGCUGCGAAGGCCACCACCAUCCCGGCGCGCGGGAAGGCACUCGUCAGCACCGAUAUUGCCAUUUCCGUCCCGGCCGGCACUUACGGCCGCAUUGCCCCGCGCUCCGGCCUCGCCGCCAAGAACUUCAUCGACACGGGCGCCGGCGUCAUCGACGCCGACUACCGCGGUGAGGUCAAGGUCCUCCUCUUCAACCACGCCGAAGCCGACUUCGAAGUCGCCGAGGGCGACCGCGUCGCCCAGCUCGUCGUAGAGCGCAUCUUCACUCCCGAGAUCGUCGAGGUCGACGAGCUCGAGGCGAGCGUGCGUGGCGCCGGCGGCUUCGGCAGCACGGGCGUCGCUCUUACGCAAUAG